UUUUUGUUUGCCGGGGAAGAAGAAGAAGCGUCAGCCGCAGCCUCCGCUCUCUUAUUUUCCCACCAUUUUUCCCUAAAUUUCCACCAAAAUGUCUGAUAUUGAUGAUGCUGUGGAACCCAUGGAGGUUGGGGACAACUCCAAUGAGUCAUCAUCAGCUGAAACAACGUCUUCCAGUAAAGCUGGUGCAGAGUAUGAAAACAAGGUGGAGUCGGAUCGUUCCAAAAGAUUCGACUAUCUCUUGAAGCAGACAGAGAUCUUUUCACAUUUCAUGGUUGGUGCAAGAGACAAAACCCCAUCCUCCCCUUUGAAGUGCAAACCCGGGCGUCCCAAGAAAGCUGAGACCCGCAAACCAUCAGUGACUGGCGAGUGGACACCUAAUUCCGUGGAUCGCCUGGAUGAAUGCCAAACUAAGAAGUUCUUAAAAAACCGCGUGAAGAAGCUAUCGUCCGCAGCCGCCGACCAUCGCCAUCGCAUGACAGAACAGGAAGAAGAUGAGGAAUUGCUGGCAGAGUCCAACAAAUCAUCUAAGAUAAUUACCCGCUUUGAGGAGAGCCCUAGUUAUAUUGUAAAUGGAGAAAUGCGUGACUACCAAAUUCGAGGCCUCAAUUGGAUGAUUGACUUGUACGAAAACGGAAUUAAUGGCAUUCUUGCUGAUGAGAUGGGUCUGGGGAAAACACUGCAGACUAUUUCCCUCCUUGGGUACAUGAAACAUUUCCGCAACAUUCCUGGGCCUCACAUGGUCAUUGUGCCAAAAUCUACACUUCGUAACUGGGAGAACGAGUUCAAGAGAUGGUGUCCCUCAUUACGUGCAGUGUGUCUUAUUGGAGACCAAGAAACUAGGAUUGGUAAAAAUUUGCCGGUAUCAGUUGUACAGGAGAACCUUACUAAUGCAGUGGUGAGAUAUAUGUUUCAAUUCAGGUACAUGGUGAUUGAUGAGGCCCACCGCAUUAAGAAUGAGAAGAGCAAACUUUCGGAAAUUGUCCGAGAGUUCAGGACCACCAAUCGCCUGUUGUUGACAGGUACUCCAUUGCAGAAUAACCUUCACGAGCUAUGGUCACUGCUCAAUUUCUUGCUUCCUGAAGUUUUCAGCUCCUCUGAGGAUUUUGAUUCGUGGUUCAACACUAACAAUUGCUUGGGGGAUUCCAGUUUGGUUGAACGUCUCCAUACAGUACUUAGGCCAUUUUUGCUGCGUAGGCUUAAAUCAGAUGUAGAAAAGCGUCUUUUGCCGAAGAAAGAGACAAAAGUGUACAUCCAGCUUUCUAAAAUGCAACGUGAUUGGUACACAAAAAUCUUAAUGAAAGACAUCGACAUUGUGAAUGGUGCUGGUCGGACAGAGAAGAUGCGUCUGCAGAACAUUCUCAUGCAGCUAAGAAAGUGUUGUAACCACCCUUACCUCUUUGAUGGAGCAGAGCCUGGCCCACCGUACACAACAGACUACCACUUGGUGGAGAAUGCUGGAAAGAUGAUUGUGCUUGACAAGUUGCUCCCCAAGCUUCAGGAAAUGGGGUCGCGUGUCCUACUCUUUUCCCAGAUGACUCGCAUGUUAGAUAUCCUGGAGGACUAUUGUGUAUGGCGAAAGUAUUCAUAUUGUCGAAUUGAUGGCCAGACAGCACAUGAAGAUCGACAGAGGCAGAUAGAUGAAUAUAAUAUGCCCAAUUCAGAGAAGUUCCUGUUUAUGCUGUCAACCAGAGCUGGAGGUCUUGGUAUCAAUCUGGCCACUGCAGACAUUGUCAUCCUUUUUGAUUCUGAUUGGAACCCACAGAUGGAUUUGCAGGCUAUGGACAGAGCACAUCGUAUUGGGCAAAAGAAGCAGGUGAAGGUAUUCCGUUUCAUCCAGGAGAACUCGAUGGAAGAGAAACUUGUGGAACGUGCUGAGGUGAAGCUUCGUCUGGACAAGAUGGUCAUUCAACAAGGCCGUUUGAUGGACAACAAGACAAAUGCCUUGGCCAAAGAUGAGAUGUUGGCUAUGAUCAGACAUGGUGCCAAUGAAGUGUUUAAAGGCAAAGAUGACGAGUUUACUGAUGAAGAUAUUGAUGCUAUUAUUGGUAGAGGUGAAGAGAAAACAGAAGAGUUAAAUAAGAAGUUGGAGGCCCUCGGAGAGUCGUCGCUCCGCCAGUUCACACUUGAUGUCCCUACUAAUUCGGUCUACCAGUUUGAGGGUGAAGAUUACAGAAACAAACAGAAGGCAAUUGUUGGAAUGUGGAUUGAGCCACCUAAACGAGAGAGGAAGGCCAAUUAUGCAGUGGAUGCCUACUUCCGGGAGGCUCUUAGAGUGUCUGAACCUAAAGCCCCAAAGGCGCCUCGACCACCCAAGCAGCCAGUGGUACAAGACUUCCAGUUCUUCCCUCCGAGAUUAUUUGAGCUGCUGGAUAAGGAGAUCUACUAUUACCGGAAGACUGUUAGCUACAAGGUUCCAAAGAAUCCUGAGUUUAUGGGAGAAGCUGCUCGUAUACAGAAAGAGGAGCAACAGAAAAUCGAUGAAGCAGAACCAGUUACAGAAGAGGAGAUGGAGGAGCGGGACAGUCUGCUCACACAAGGCUUCCUCAACUGGAGUAAGCGAGACUUUAACCAGUUUAUCAAGGCCAAUGAGAAGUUUGGUCGAGAUGAUAUCGAAAACAUUGCCAAGGAAGUCGAGGGUAAAACGCCUGAUGAGGUGAUGGAAUAUUCUGCGGUGUUUUGGGAGCGCUGUUCAGAGCUUCAAGAUUGUGAUCGAAUUCUAGCACAAAUUGAAAGGGGCGAGGCAAAAAUUCAGAGAAGGGCAUCAAUUAAAAAGGCUCUUGAUGCUAAGAUGGCUCGAUACCGAGCGCCGUUCCAACUCCGAAUCUCUUACGGAACUAACAAAGGGAAAAACUAUACAGAAGAGGAGGAUCGCUUUCUUGUGUGUAUGCUACACAAACUGGGCUUUGAUAAGGAGAAUGUCUAUGAGGAGUUGAGAGCUGCUGUUAGAUCUGCACCACAAUUCCGUUUUGAUUGGUUUAUUAAGAGUAGAACAGCACUGGAGCUCCAGCGUCGGUGCAACACACUAAUUACUCUCAUUGAACGUGAAAAUCAAGAGUUAGAAGAAAAAGAACGAGCAGAGAGAAAGAAAGGCAGACCCCGAGGGCUGUACAUGAAGUCAGGAAAGAGGGCUGGCAGUGCUCAAGAUGGCCGUGGAAGACGAAAGAAGAAAACAGAAUAAACUUGUCAAUUUGGUUAAUUUUAUAGGAGUGGUUGUGGAAGUAGAUACAAUACAAUUUUCAUAAGUUUUGUUAAAAAAAAAAUACUUCUGUACCUACUUUGUAAAUGCCUGAAUUUAGGGUUCUCACAUUACUAGCAAAGGGGGUGGGUAAAUUUGGGAAGAAUUUAAUAAGGUCCCUACUGGGUAAAUUGAUAAAAUUUUAUAAUGGAUGAGCCCAUAGAUCAUGAAAAAUUUAAAAUAGGGCUGGUCUAGUGCUCAGUAUUGAAGAUUCACCAUAUAGCUUCUGAUUUGAUGUGUAUAAUUUUACAAAUCUUGUAUUUUGUGGAAGAUCUUGUUGCUAAUAGGUGAAAGAGUUUGUCUUAUUCUUUUAUAAUGCAGCAAAUAAAGUACAAGUGGAUCUCAAACUGUAUUAUGAGUCUCUCUCAUUAUCAUUAUUUAUCUUUGUAUACUGUGAAGGAGAAUUGCUGACUCAUGCUGCAUUUUACCUUCAAAAGUUGAGCAAAUUUUUCACGAGUAAUUCAUUUUAGAUUCAUAUUGUGUUGCAGAACACGGUAAAAUACUGAAUCAUCAAUUUAUAAACAAAAUUUUUUCCUCAAGCUAAUUGAAGGAGUAAAGAUCAAACGUGUAAAAAAAUUUAAUAAAUUUUUAUUAAAUUUAAUAAAUUUAAUAAAAAAAUUUUGCCUGUACAAAUUCAUUUGAGUGAAAGCAUUAUUGAUGGCUAUAUUAGCAAACAUUUUCAUCAAUUUAUAAAUGUCAGUGGAAGUUGCCAAAAAAAAAAAAAGUACAGAUGCUGGUAUUUGCAUUUCUUUUACAUUAUUUUCAUUAAACAUUGUACUGUAGUACAAUGUACUGCAGUGUGUAUAAAAUGUUGCAUUACCGUAUCUUCCUGUAAAAUUUCAGAGAGUUUCGUUACAAAGUUUGGGAACACUGUGAGUACAUUGUGUUCGUUUGUGAGUAUUUACUUUAAAUAUAAAAGAUUUCUUAGCAGCUAUUAAAAUGAGGAUUCUGUAAUGUCUUUUGUGCUAUUUAGUAAUAUAAUUUUUUUUUUUUUUUUUUUUUCUUCAAUGACCAUUUCCUGCCAAGGCAGGGUGACCCAAAGAAGGAAACACAUACUGAAUUGCAAGUUCUGAACAUUUUUGUCAGCACACGUCUGGCAAGAUAGCGAUUGAAUGAAUUUAUAUGAUAUUUUGAACAUUAUUAUCCAUGUAAUGGUAAUUUGAUAUAUUGGCACAAAAUGAUUAUUAUAUAUCUUGUUCAUCUCACUGUUGGAUGGCUUUACUUUUUAAAAGACAAAGGAAAAAAAUAUGGUAAGAUUUCAUAUCGUAGUCAAAGUACUACUUGGCUAGUGUUUUGUCUUGUAAUUUUUUUAUAUAUACAGUGGAUCCCCGGUAUUCCAUAUUAAUCCGUUCCUGAGAGCUCAUUGAAUACCGAAAAUAUCGAAAACCGAAUCAAUUUUCCUCAUAAGAAAUAAUGGAAAUCAAAUUAAUCCGUGCAAGACACCCAAAAGUAUGAAAAAAAAAAAUUUUACCACAUGAAAUACUGAGUUUAAUGCAAUAGAAUAAUUACAAUAACAAUAGAAUAAUUGACAGUUACCUUUAAUGAAGAUCUGGUGAUGAUUGAUGGGAUGGGAGGAGGGGAGAGUGUCGAAGUUGUUACUGUUUAGAAGGGGAAUCCCCUUCCAUUAGGACUUGAAGUAGCAAGUCCUUUUCCGGGAUUACUUCCCUUUUCUUUUAAUGCCACUAGGCAUUAAAAGAGAGUCACUGGACCUGUGUCGCACAACAAAUCUGUCCAUAGAGCUCUGUACCUCCUGUUCCUUUAUGAAUUGUCUAAAAUGGCCCACAACAUUGUCAUUGUGAUAGUUACCAGCACGGCUUGCAAUAGCUGUGUUAGGGUAAUUUUCAUCCAUAAAGGUUUGUAGUUCAACCCACCUUGCACACAUUUCCUUAAUUUUUGAAGUAGGCACAAUGGAUUCCACAACUGGCAUAGGCUUCUCAAUGUUAGCCCCAAACCCUUCAAAAUCUUUCUUAAUUUCCAUACUCAUUCUCACCCUUUUUACCACAGGGUUGGCACUAGAAGCUUUCUUGGGGCCCAUGGUGACUUAUCCUUA